ACCCGAGUGGGGAUGUCCGGGGACACCCAAGAUGGCGGCCCCCAGUGUACAGCAUCGCCACGCCCAUGGGUACACCCAAGAUGGCGAGCGCCACGCUGACCUUUCCAACAUGGCGGCGCGCAGUACGCAGCACAGGCGGGAGCAUGGCGGAGCUGCACGUCAUCGGGCAGAUCGUGGGGGGCAGCGGCUUCCCCCGGCGUCGCCUCUUCUGCAAGUGGGGGCUGCACGCCGGCGGCGCCUGGAAGCUGCUCUCGGGGUCGGGGUCCGGGCAGACGCAAGUGGACGACCCCCAGGCCGACGACGUGGCCUAUUGGUGUCACCCCCUCGACGUCCACUUUGCCACCAAGGGGCUGCAAGGUUGGCCCAAGCUGCACCUGCAGGUCUGGCACCAGGACGAGCUGGGCCGCGGCGAGGUGCUGGGUUACGGUUUCUGCCACGUGCCGGCCACCCCCGGGUGCCACGCGCUGACCUGCGUCACCUGGCGGCCCCGCGGGACUUGGCGGGAACGGUUGAGCCAACGAUUUGUGGGGGGGGGUCCCCAACUCCGUAACCCCGACGCCGCCGGCGCCGCCGCCGAUCGUUUCCGUCUCCGUACCGAAGCCGCCGGCAUCGUCCACCUGCAGCUCGGCGUCGUCCUGCGCCACUUCGGCCGAUACGGCGUCGAGUGUUAGCUGGGGGGGGGACACACACCCCCCCGCCACAUGGGGGUGUCCCCUCUCUAGGGUGGGACGGGGGCGUCCCCUGAGGGUGGGACAUUUGGGGUCCCCACCAGCACAGCGGGGUCCCCUGGGGACAAGAUGCUGGGCCCCCCCCCCAGGGACAGGCCACCAGUGGCCCCCGGGGAUGGGACAUGUGGGGCCCCCCCAGGACGGGACAGCGGGGUCCCCCCUUGGGGACAGGCCACCAGUGGCCCCCGGGGAUGGGAUACUUGGGGCCCCCCCAGGACAGGACAGUGGGGUCCCCUGUGGAUGGGGUCCCCUGGCCCCCCCCAGGCCAGCAGGGUCCCCCAGGGAUCGGGGGGGUCCCCUGGGUCCCUCCAACUGUGUCCUGCGCCCGGGUCAGCGGCGUGGGGGGGGUUUCCCAUGGAGUCCCCCCCCAUAAAACUCUUCCUACACCA